AUGUGCAGUGAUUUCUUCUUUUUCCAAAAUUUGAAGAGUAAUCAAAUGUAUGGCCCACUAUUUCGCACAUUUCGUGGUUUGAUUUUAACGGGCUGGCAGCGAUAUGAUCACUUUGCUGUACUAUGUGAAAUUCUCCCAGUUGGACUUCCUUCGGCAGUUAUGAAUCUUAUGAUUGCAGAAAGCGAUGAAAAAAGUUCAGCAGCAUCCAUACUUCGUCGAGUAGCAGAUACACUGAACUGUACAUCGAAGAUCUCAAUUGAAUCCGUGUCGUCGUUUAGUUUUUGUGAAUUUCCAGGUUCGGAACUAUUUUACGCCAUUCACGUUACUUUACGUGAACGAAUAGAGGCGAUUGAAGCGGAAGUAUUCGAACACCAGCAAGUAAAGGGCUGGCUGGGUCGUUUCAAUGUGCGACAUAAUUAUACCCAGCUAUGGUACCUGUUGCAGCUAGAAAGUAUCAUCACAUCGCAUUUUGAAGGAAUGCUAGAAGUGGUAUGCGCUGCUGCCCUAUUUAAAGCUUUUUCUGUUCCAACGGUUCUAAUUUACUGUGCAUAUGUGGUAUAUGCUUAA